AUGUCUCAUAGCGAAAGCCCUGGUCCGGCUGCGGCCGAGAGCCAGUAUUUCAGCAGCAACCCGCCGCCGCCCUCGCUGCAGGCGCAUCUGACGCUCGCCCGCGCCUUCAUCCAGAGACACGCCGAGGAAGGUCGUCGCGUGGUGCUCGUCACAUCAGGCGGCACUACGGUUCCGCUGGAGGAGCAGACGGUCCGCUACAUCGAUAACUUCUCGGCGGGUACCCGCGGCGCCACGUCCGCCGAGUACUUCCUCAAGCAUGGCUACGCCGUCAUCUACCUGCACAGGCAGUUCUCCCUGCUGCCGUACAGCCGCCACUACUCGCACAACACCCGCUCCUUCCUGGAUUUCAUGCGGGAAGACGAGGACGGCCGCGUGAUUGUAGACGAAGAGCAUCAGCGUCAGAUGCUCCGCGUUCUGCGCCAGUACACAGAGGCCAAGCGCCAGAACACGCUGCUCAUCUUGUCCUUCGUCACCAUCACCGACUACCUGUGGGAGCUUCGCGAGGUGGCCAAGCUGAUGCGGCCGUUGGGCAACCGCGCCAUAUUCUACCUUGCCGCCGCCGUGUCCGACUUUUUCGUUCCCAAGGACCGCAUGGUUGAGCACAAGAUCCAAAGUGUCGAGGAGUUUACUCAGCAAAAGGAUUCGUCCGAGGCAGCUGUGAGCAGCAAGCCUCAGCCAGCCGCUCGCACCGAGGGCAAGUCUCUCAUCAUUGACUUGGAGCCUGUUCCCAAGUUCCUGAAGUCGUUGGUGGAUGGCUGGGCCCCGGACGCCAUGAUCGUUUCCUUCAAGCUGGAGACGGACCCCAACAUGCUGGUCCGCAAGUCCGUCUACGCGUUGAAGCGUUACCAUCAUCACCUCGUGAUCGGCAACCUGCUGUCCACCCGCAAGUGGGAAGUCGUCUUCGUCAGCGCCGAUGAGGGCGAAAAGUGGAUCCGCGUGCCUCGCAACCGGAGAGGUAGGAGUACGUCGGGCAUUGAGGCAUUGGUAGGCAAGGCAGCACUGCGAACCAACAUCGACGAAGAUGCGGUCGAGGACGAGAACGACCAGAUCACGCAGCCACCUGCCCUGAGCGAUGCCGACCCGAUUGUCGAGAUUGAAAGCCUCAUUAUCCCAGAGAUUGCAAGGCUGCACGAAAAGCUCAUGCAGAAGGGUGGCAGUUCUUAA